AUGGAGAUAGCGAAGGGACGUAUACCCGUGAUCGAAGGCAUGCCUAAGCAUUAUGUCGCUAUUAGCAACUCAGGUGGCGAAGUGUACUUCUGCAUGCAGAAGUCAGACUACGUCCAGGCUAGAUCGCACAUCUUACGCCAGGGAGAGGACUACUUCGAGGACCUGAAAUCGAAGGUUGUAGCUGUAAAAGUGGUCAACGAAAGGUCGUCGCGGGAACCUUCGAACAAGGUGCGCAUCCUCGCAACAGUCCACAAACAAGCCGCGAACAAAGACGCUGCUCGUUAUUUCGUGUCUGUUACUAAUUACGACGCCUCUUACGACAUACGCGGUGAGGGCGACUGGGUCGCUUUCCAAGCUCUCACAAGCUCUCUCACGCUUGUGUCUCUCCAGCGGUUCUGCUUAAACGACGGCGUUCCUAUACCCGAGGAAUUACUCUUCCACAUCUUCAUAGAGCUCGUGUCGGCGGGGCGUUUCCUGCACGAAGAGUGCAGCCCCGUUAUAACGCACAACGAUCUCCACAUCCGCAACCUCAUGCUCGACCCUACAAAGCAGGACUUCUCAGGCUUUCCGAAUCUCGUUGUCAUCGACUUUGGACUCGCGUCGGAACGUUGGAGCACGAGCGACGACUGCUGUAGAGAGGCAACGACCCAGGCGAGGCUUGAGGAGAUCAAGCAGCUUGUAAAUGGAGCAGCAGACCAAGGAUUAGGAGCAGAGCUACUCGCCCCACGCGCCAAGGGUAGUCAUCUUGGCCCUCCCAGGCUCAACGCAAAAACUGGGCUUAGUGCAAAAUUAUCCCACAACCACCAAACCGACCCUAAUAAGUCGCCCGCGCACACCUAUUUUACGCCAAAAUGA